AUGUCAGGCAUGCUGUACUUAAAACAGACAAGGCUCCAGAGACCCAUCGAACGGGUCUCGGGGCUUUUCGAGAGGUACACACGGAUUCUGCCUGUGAUUGACUGGAAACUGGUCUUCUUGUGUUCUAUUUGGUAUUCGACCAGUGUCGUCUCGAACAAUUCCACCAAGUCCAUCCUUCGCGAAUUCUCAUACCCAGUCACCUUGACUGAAAUCCAAUUCCUGCUCAACGCCGCGUUCUGCCUGCUAACGGUGUGUGCGGUUCGCAGCUAUGAUCGUGCCUUCAACACGAGAAGAACCAACCCAAACUCGCUCUAUGCUGCGAGACCAAGGUCUAUCGUGGACAUCUUCCCUACGGGAACGUUCCCAGCCAAUCUGGACUCGCAGUCAUACUCGAUUCUUCACGACUUCACCAAACCAACCCGUUUUGUGCUUAUGACCACGCUGCCAAUGGGAAUUUUUCAGUUUGUGGGUCACAUAGCUUCGCACAAGGCUACAUCAAUUAUACCCGUAUCUUUGGUGCACACAAUCAAGGCGUUGUCGCCCAUCACCACGGUUGUCAUCUACAGGUCGCUCUUCAAGGUGGAAUUUUCAACCAAAACCUACCUCACACUGGUACCGCUUGUCAGUGGAGUCAUGCUGAGUUGCCUGAAAAAUAACUUGGCUAUCAACGAUGACCUCUUCUACAAGGGCAUUAUGUUUGCAUUUCUCUCCAUGCUCAUUUUUGUGUCGCAGAACAUCUUUGCCAAGCGUAUUCUCACGUUCGAAGCAAAGCCCAAUUCUGGCGAUUUCUUUUCGGAAGCUGCCAAGUCGUUGAGUCUCAGCCAGAACCAGACUUUCAGAUCGAACCUGAAGGUGGUUCGUUCCGAGUCUGCGGCUUCCACACCCAUUCUGCCCAUUUCAAUGACACCAGCGCAAAUGUCACCACAACUUAGUGCCAGACCAGAACGGAUACCACUCCAGACGGACAAGUCUUCGCUAAAUCUCAGCAACCACUUCCAGCAGACAGAGAAAAAAUUGGACAAAGUCACGGUUUUGUUUUACUGUUCUCUGGUGGGGUUCGGUCUAACAUUACCCAUCUACAUCAUGUCUGAGGUUUCCAACUCCAAAUCCAACGCAUUCUCACUUUCUCUGGUGGGAACCCCAAUGAUGUGGACUAUGCUGAUCAACGGAUCGUCUCACUUUGCGCAGAGUUUAGUGGCAUUCCAAAUUCUCGGAAUGAUUUCUCCGAUCAACUAUUCCAUUGCCAACAUCAUGAAGCGGAUCUGUGUUAUCGUGGGGUCCAUUCUGGUGGAGGGCACUUCUCUCACCAACAUCCAAUGGCUGGGAUUGGUUCUCACUGUCGCUGGAUUAUACGCCUACGAUAAGUGGGGAGUUCAGCGGAAGUAG